CCAUUUCUCAUCUGUGCAUAGGUGUCAUAAGCCCACCAACUUGUAACGACAUAAACGACCUUCCUUUCCCAAAACAAAGCAAAUUUCAUCACUCACAUAUAUCUCUAAUGCUACUUUGCCCUGUUUCUUUCAUCACAAUUUCCCUUCUUUUCUCCCCAUGACCUUGCUUUGAAUUCUCUUUCUAGCUUAAAGGGAGUAGCCUCCUCUGUUUUUCUUGACCAUAUCUCUCUUUUUUGGAGCAAACCCCUUUUUUGUAUUACUUUCUUGAACUUUUUCCUUUGCCUUUUCCUUGCUAGCUUUCAUUUUUCGACAAGAUUUCUCUAAAAUCCAUCCAUUCUGCACCAGGAGUUUCGAUUUUGGCCGUGGCUAGUUUUAUCAAUAAUCUUGAACUGACACUGGGGCAAGUAGUUUUUUUUUCCAUCAAAAUAAAAUAAGAAUUGAAGCAGUGAAUCAAAUUGCAAUCAUGAAUCCAUAUCUAACAGUGAAGCAAGAGUACGCAGGAUCAAGUUUAUUGCCUCUGUCCGGCGGUGAUGAGCCGCCAACAACGAUGCUCCCACCACAGCCGAUGGAAGGUUUACAUGAUACAGGACCACCGCCAUUCCUGACCAAGACUUUUGACAUGGUGGAUGAUCCAAUGACCAAUCACAUAGUUUCUUGGAGCAGAGGAGGGUUUAGCUUUGUUGUUUGGGAUCCUCAUUCUUUCUCCGCAAAACUCCUUCCUAGAUACUUCAAGCAUAAUAAUUUCUCCAGCUUUGUCAGGCAGCUCAAUACUUAUGGCUUUAGAAAGAUUGAUCCAGAUAGAUGGGAGUUCGCCAAUGAAGGAUUUCUGAGGGGUCAAAAGCAGCUUCUAAGGAAUAUAAAGAGAAGAAAGGCAGCUUCUCAGCCUCUUUCUCAACAGCAAGCUCCAGAUGCCUGUGUUGAAGUUAGCCGUUUUGGAUUAGAUGGAGAAAUCGAUCUCUUGAAACGUGACAGGCAGGUUUUGAUGAUGGAAUUAGCGAAGCUUAGACAGCAACAACAGAAAGCUAGAUCUUAUAUACAAGCUAUGGAGCAAAGGCUACAAGGGACAGAACAAAAGCAGCAGCAGAUGAUGCAAUUCUUAGCUCGAGCAAUGCAAAAUCCUGCCUUUCUACUGCAGUUAGUCCAACAGAAAGGGAAAAGGAAAGAACUUGAGGAAGCAAUGACUAAAAAGAGAAGAAUUCCUGUUGAUCAAAGACCUGGUCGAAGUGGUGGUGGUGAAUCAAACCGUAUUGAUGAAAGUGCAAACCCCAUCAAGGCAGAGGCUUUAGAGUAUGGAGACUACGGAUUUGAAGUGUCAGAGCUGGAGGCACUUGCAUUGGAAAUGCAAGGGUAUGGCAAGGCAAGGAGAGAGCAAGAGGAUGGAGUAGAAGAGCUAGAGCCACUAGAGAGCGGAGAUAGAGAACUUGACGAGGGAUUUUGGGAAGAACUGUUAAAUGAGAGUGCUAGAGGAGGUGAAGAUGAGGAUGUGAAUACAUUGGCUGAGCGCUUGGGUUAUUUGCGUUCAAGUCCUAAAGUACAGAAAUUGAACAAUUUUCCGCAUUGCUAACCACCACCACCACCACUUAAUUCCCGCAAUGAUCAUUUCAUUGUGUAGCAGGUUUCCAUGGUCAGAUUGUUAGUUGAUAAUCUUUUUUGCGGCAAUGGGUCCUUUCAAAAGUCUUUAGGCUAUAAUCUUCACCUGCGUUUCUUGCUAUUGCGUUUCUUUCUGGUGUUUCUAACCCUUGUAUUUUGUCAAUUUCUCCGUUUUGUACAUCCUUUCUUCUUGUGUUUCUCCAUCUUGGUUAGGUUGCAGCAGUGCUCGGACAGAGUCUGGUAGUCCUUAUCAUGAUUUGUCUCAAAGGUUACUAGAUUUUUUUCUCUCUCUCAACUGCUCUUUGACUUAUGCGUUUAAUUCAUUAGUUAACAGCAGCUUGUAAUUUUCCUUGGCCUCGAAUAAAUGUAGACUGUUGAGAUGCUGUUGAGUUGGACGAGGUGUGGCUGCAAGUUGCAAGAAGCCACAACUAGUUGCCUUUGGAUUCAAACAACCGACUAGGUAGUUAACCGCGUCGGCUUGAUUUUUUCUUUUUCUUGAUCUGUCUUUUCUUUUAUGCAAGGGAAAGGGAGAUUUGGUCGGUGAUGAAAUUCUUGAAGUUGCUUCUGUACCAUAUGUAGAUUUUUUUCAUGACUCUGCAAUUUGGCUCUUGAUUUUUCAUUUUCAUUGCCCGCGGGGCUCCAAAAGUCCAGGAUACAUCGCAUUGAUUUCCUGACCAAUAACCAACAAAUGCGCUCAUGGCGACAUUUUGUGGCGGAUCGUGGUGCUGUCCUCGAAAUGGUGAUGAAGAGCAGUCGCUUUCGGAAAACCAGCACCAUCGAUCUUCGUGGGCAGCUGCCCUCCUGUACGAUGAGCUCUUAAUUUAUCUGACUUGUCGUUGCAUGAACCAUGUGAACUUUGCCUAAAAACACGAAAUUGAAUGAAGGAAAAGGACUGCUUAAAAUA